AUGGCGUGCUACAGCGUCAUUCUUCCAACGUACAACGAAAGAGAAAAUCUGCCGUUAAUUGUUUUUCUGCUUCAAGAAACAUUUGAGUCCCUGUCCGUCCUUUCACCCCAUUUGCAGCUACUCCAACGCGUGCGAGGUCUAGGGAGGGUGGAGUUCGAGAUUGUUGUCGUUGAUGACAACAGCCCAGACAAAACGGCAGAGGAGUUCAGCCGCCUUCAAUAUGCCAUGAACAGCGACAGACUGCGGCUGCUCAAGAGACCUGGCAAGCUUGGCUUGGGCACGGCAUAUCUCGACGGCCUCAAAGUAGCAAAGGGAAAUUUUAUUUUCUUAAUGGACGCAGACUUCUCACACCACGUGAGACCUGAGCUGUACAUACACAUCAACCUAGUAGCUAAAACUUAA